UCACUGUCCCCUGUCACAUGAUGAGGGGGUGAAGUGACGGAGCCGCUUCUCAUUGGUCAAUCUCCAGUCGGUGGGUCACAUGUCCAUGCUUCUCUUUUUAGAUUCACUUCCGCACUACACUGCUGUCUGCAGCCUGCUAGCCUCAUCCAUGAUGUUCAGCAUUUCUUGUAAAGGCUCCAUCAUCGUGUGGACUUUGGUGAUCCAGUUGGUGAUGUGUGGGAGGGCUGUGUUCGCCACCGACGCCACAGGGUCCUGCAAACUGAAGUCUGAGUCUGAAUCUGAAAGGAAGGUUCUCAAUCGACUAGAAGCUCUCACCCACAAGAACUUCACAGCAGAGCAUACGAUUGGAAAAGAGACUUACACAUACGUAUUCCAGCUGUGUGGGGAUGCAGGGGGUGUUAAAGACGCUGGAGUCAUUCAGAUUGACAAGAAAUCUCCCAAGACGCCAACAGUGAUUGGCAAAUACACGGCAACACAAGCAAUUGGAGGAAGUGACUGGGUGAUGCUGAUCUACCGUGAUGGUGAAGCUUACGACCAACACUGCUCCAAAGAGCCCAGGAAAGCCAAUAUUAUGAUCUCUUGCAACAGGAAUACAGACAUGGGUCAGCUUGAAGUGGUUGUGGAGGACCGAAACAGAUCGACUGAUUGUUUUUACUUGUUUGAGCUGGACUCCAGCGCUGUGUGUCCGGCUAUUGAGUCCCACCUUAGCCCUGGAUCCAUAAUCCUCAUCAUUGCUUUCGUGCUUUUGGCUCUCUACCUUGUUGGAGGUUUCCUCUAUCAGCGGCUGAUCGUCGGAGCCAAAGGGAUGGAGCAGUUCCCCAACUAUGCUUUUUGGGUGGAAGUUGGCAACCUGACAGCGGACGGCUGCGACUUCGUAUGCCGAUCGCAAAAUCGAGAGCAAGCUCCGGCUUACAGGGGAGUGACCACAGAGUCGCUGGAGGAAGAACCAGAAGAGAGAGACGACCAUUUACUGCCUAUGUGACCUGAAUGUCAUUAAAAGAACAGACGUUUUCACUGUGUGGGGCAAAUUACUCAUUUGUAGCUGGGACGCAGUUUCUGGUACUUAAGUCUGUUACCUUUGACCUGCUUUCAGUCAGUUAUUGUUGACACCUCCAGUGUAUUAUAGACUAUUGUAUUCUUUCUCAAGAUUGGGCUCAAAACUUAAAAAAAUAAUCAAAUUUUUUCUCUCUUUUUCUAUACAUUUCAGCUUUUUGAUGUACAAAUGAGAGUUUUGCCCAAGUUUAGAAAAUGUCUGUCAGAAUAGAGAGAAUUCAAAAAGUUGAAUAUGACGAAAACUAUGUUCGUAUAUUUUAUAAUAAAUUUCAGUAAGGUAUUAACGUUGAGGUAAAGUUUGCUUCAAGUUACGCUGAAGGUUUUUCUUUGUUUUGCUCUUUGGCGUUCUAUACUUUUUUUGUGUUUUGCAGUUGGAUAUCUGAUUACUGUGAAUGUUUCAGCGUUGUGGCACAAGCAGAGAUUUACUGCAGACAACCUUCAAAGUUUUUUUCUUUUAUUGCAAAAUUACAUAAAACAUGAGUUUGAGAGGUGUAUCUUUUUCAUAUUCUAUUUACUAUUAAAAAAGGUCAGAAUGGCCAAUUACUUUUUGUAUCAAUCGUUUCUAUUUAGUCUGGAGCAAUCCUGAAUUUCAGCCAGAAACACAAACUUAUGUUUCAUAUUUUGAUAAUUCAAGAUAAAUUCUAUAUGCUUUUCUUUAGCAUUAAUAUCAAAAUUUAAUUUGCUCUGAUGAUUUUGUAGUGGUCAAACACUCACCUGCUUUACUGUAAAGAAUAACUGACCCAAAGAACAAAAGGUAAUAGUGUUUUUACAGUCAACUUUUCUUUUGUUUGAUUUUGAAAAAAUAUUUCAGCUGCUUUAAAGUUUUCAUUUUUUAGAAAAAACCUUAAGUGGCUGCAAUUGCACUUUUUUUUCCUGUUCUUACCUGAUAUAUAAUUCUAAAUAAGUGUGGGAGACAUAUGAGGGAGAUACUGUAUAUACCUUUUCUGAUAUUACACAAAUCUGAGCGGAUGAGGCCUUUUGAUUUCUGCAGAAAACGUUUCGGUUACUGAGUUGAUGCAGCUGCAUUUGUGUUCUCUGGUUUGAUUCCAUUUUGCUAACCUUCAUUCUGCUCUUUGAUUAUUUGGUGAAAACAGUUGCAGCUUUUGUUCAAGGGGAUGGAAAAGGAGUCUGGUUGCUUUGAGUGUGGCAGCAUUUUUUUGGCUUUAAACUGAUUUGCUUUUUGAGUCCAAUAAAAGGUCUAAAACCUG